GGUUUUAGAGCUGUCUCCUCCUGUAUUUUCUCUUAUCCCAGAAAUGAUGAUGAUAUGGAUCCAUCUGAUGCACAGUAUGCAGCUAAAUGCAAUGCAUGACAGAGUCGUGUGGUGUUGUAUCAAGAAUAAUGAAACUACAAGACAAGAAAACACCUGGGAAAUCUGCCACGUCCAGGAUUAUAUAAUGUCGGUGUCUUGUCUAAAAAAAAAGGCAUCUUUUUUGAAGACAUGGAACACCCAAGGAAUCUGAAUAAUGCUGUCAAGUUGGGUACUCCCAUUUCUGAUGACUCAAAAUGAAGAGAAGCUCCAUGUAUACCUGUUUUGUUGGACAGAAGCAUUCCAAAUAAUAAUCAAGAUUUCAAAUCUCUGCACUAUCAUCCAUAAAUUUGAGAAACCUUGACAGCAAAGGCCUUUCUUGUGUCAGCAAAUGCGACAUGCCACUACAAAAAUACAGUGUUUGGCCGUCGCAGAAGCUAUAAUUCAUCAGCUUCUCCCUGCCAAGGCUAUGAAGAUGUUGUUCACGGAGAAGAUCAGAGAUGUUACAGAUACCAGAUGAUGAGACGAAAACGAGCUGUAAUCACUGAACAAAAGCAUGUUAAAAACAACAACACUCACAUGUCCUGAAGACAGAAAGUGUUGAUACAAAGAAUAUUCCCUCAGGAUUCAUCUAAAAACCAGCAGUGGCUGCAGCUGAUGGUAACAAGGAUGAUCAACAAAGUCAUCAGUGUGGAGGAAAACAUCUGAGAGAGAAUUGAAAAAUGAAAAGGUGUCCUCGUUUGACAGAAGACAAAAUGAAGGCUUAUUUGAAAUUAAUUUCCCACAAAUUGCUUCUCCUCAAGUAUUUGCACAUAAUUUCUCUCAAGCACUGCGCAGGAAUCAUCCUCAGAUGUCUGCCAUGAGAAAAUGAUCGACGGUUCUGAGGGAGUUCACCCAGACGACAAAGGCAUCAAGAAGAAGUCCAAAGUGCCCGGUGUCAUGAUAACGCAGUUUAAAGAGGAACUUCCAGAAGGAAUGUCAACUCCAGAUUUCACCCGCAAACCUAUUGCUUUGACUAUUCAAGAGGGUAAAUUUGGAGUCUUUAAGGCCAUAGUGGUGGGCACUCCAACACCUGCUGUAACAUGGAGCAGAGCCAAUGCAGAAAUACAGUUUCACCCUGAUGUGUGUCUGCAAAAGUAUGACGAAGCAUCUCAUGAACACACCCUUGAGUUCCCUAAGGUCGCUCCAGAGGAUGCUGACACCUACAAGUGUUUUGCAACCAAUGAAUAUGGACGGGCUGUUUGCACUGUUGUCUUGAAUGUUAUUUCAGUUGGAUUCUCUAAGACUAAGGAACUUCAAAAGGUCCAAGGAGAAGAUGCAGUGGACUUCAGAAAAAAACUAAAAAAACGUAAUCCAGAUGGAACACGUGAGGAAAAGCCAAUGGAGCCAGAGGAGAAGGUUUGGGAAAUUCUGCUUAGUGCAGAAAAGAAAGACUAUGAGAAGAUCUGUUCUGACUAUGGCAUCACAGACUUCCGUGGCAUGCUGAAGAGACUUACUGAAAUGAAAAAAGAGCGAGAGGAAGAGAUUGCAGAGUUUGUCUCACACAUCAGUACACUAAAACAUAUUGAAGUCAAUGACGAUGACUGUGCAACAAUUGAGUUGGAUAUGGACCUCAAGGAUCCUAGCAGCAAAAUUUUCCUGUACAAGAAUGGCGUCAUGGUUCCCUUCACCAAAGAAGACAGCGAAGGAAUGAAGCAUAGUUUAAAACAAGUUGGAAAAAAAUACAUAUUCACAAUUAAAAAACUGGGUACAGAAGAUGCUGGACUCUACUCUGUGGAUGUUGAGGGUGUCAAUGUAUUCUCCACAGAUUUUAAAGUGCCUGAAGUUGAUUUUGCAGUCAAAAUACAAGAGGUCAAGGCGGAAGAACGAGAGGAUGCCCUCUUUCAGUGUGUGCUAACUGCACCAAUGAAUGAGAUCAAAUGGUUUGGCAAAAACACUCCUCUGUCUAAUGGUGAUAAACACGAAAUCACUGUAUCUGAGGAUAAGCUUAUCCAUAAGUUGAUUGUGCGAGACUGUCUGCCAUUGGAUGCUGGGAUCUACGCUGCUGUGGCAGGAAUCAAAUCUUGCAAUGCCUGGCUUGUAGUUGAAGCUGACAAAGAUCCUGCCAGUAAGGGCAAGAAGGCAGCUCGUAAAACCACCAUGGCUGGAGGCGGCAAUGAUGAGGAUCUGCUGAAAAUAGCUAAGGAGCAGCAAGAAAGAUAUCAGAAAGAAAUGGAAGAAAAACUGGAAAUUGCUAAAAAAGCCCAAGAGGAGAGAGAAGCUGCUGAAGCAGUUGCCCGAGCUGAAGCAGAAGCAGCCAAGAAGGCUGAAGCGGAGGCCAAAGCUGCAGCUAAGGCAGCAGCUAAGGAAGCUGCAAAGGCCAAGAGGGCAGCAGCUGCCAAGGCUGCGGCUGCAGCAAAGAGAGCCAAGCAAAAUGAAGCUGGUGGGGCCGGCUCUGCUGCAGGUGGUGCUGGUGGUGCAGCGGGGUCAGUGGGUGCUGGGGGUGCUGGUGGUGCAGCGGGGUCAGUGGGUGCUGGGGGUGCAGCAGGGUCAGUGGGUGCUGGGGGUGCUGCUGGGGCUGCAGGAGCUGGUACAGGUGGAGGAGCUGGUGGUGGUGCAGGCGGAGGAGCAGAUGGGAGUGGCGCAGGGGCUGGGGGUGCUGACGGAGAAGGUUUAGGAGAAGAUUUUGAUGGAGAAGAUUUUGACGAAGAAGAUUUUGAUUCAUUUGAAGAUUCUGAUGUAGAUAUUGAGGGAGAUGGAGGAGAAGGGGGGAGAGGAGGAAAAAGAAGAGGAAAAGGGGAAAAAGGAGGAGAUGGAGGUGAUGGAGGAGAAGGAGAAGACGGUGGAGAAAGAGAAGAAGGAGGAGAAGGAGGAAAACGCAAAAAACGUGAGAGAGACGGUCCACUUGUGCCGGAUACAGUGACAGGGGAUAAUAAUGAUGAGGAAACUACAAAUCGACAAGGUGCAAAAUCUGCGAAAAAAGGAAAACGCCUAAAAAAGAAAAAUGUGGCGGUUGAAGAAGCUGUUGUUGAACAAAGCACAGAAGCAAGUGAUGCCAGUGGUGCUAAUGGCAGCGGGCCAGCAGCAGGCAGUGAUGAAAAUGGUGAGAGUGAGGACGGUGGUGAGCCGGCAGCAGCAGCUGGCAAACGUUCAGGCCGUAAACGGCAUGGCCCAUUGAUCGUGGAGACAGUUAGUGACCCUGGAGUUCACUUUCAUGCUGGCCUGUCAGACUGCAAAGCCAUCAUUGGAGAAGCAGCAGAGCUGGAGUGUAAACUGAGCAGUGAAGAGUGUGAGGGAAUCUGGUACAAAGAUGGAGAGGAGGUGAAAUCAUCUGAGGGUAUCACUAUUUCAAAAGAGGGAAGUUUCCACAGGCUGAAAAUUCACAAAGUCACUGAGGAAUUUGCUGGAACAUAUAAAUUUGAGGCAGAUGGGCGGAAGACUGAGGCCACAAUUGCGGUUGAAGAUCCACCCCGAUUUGAUACUGAGGAACUGGAAGCAUUUAAAACUCCUGUAACUGUGAAAAAAGGACACAAGGCUACUUUCAAAUUAUCUUACAUUGGACGGGAACCAAUAAAAGUUCAGUGGUACCUCGAGGGUGAAGAGCUUUCUGAUGAAUCCACCAUCAAGCUCGAGCACUCAGACGGAUGUACUCGUUUGCUUCUAAUGAAGCUGCAGCGCAAAGACAGCGGUGAAGUGAAGAUUAAACUUAAAAAUGAGUUUGGCACUGUGGAGGCCCUCAGCCAGCUUAUUGUACUGGAUAAACCCACUCCUCCAAUGGGCCCCCUGGAGAUUGUUGAAGCUUCCUCCUCUGCAAUUGACUUCAAGUGGAGACCCCCAAAAGACAGCGGUGGCUGCAAGAUAGGCAACUACAUCCUUGAAAGACAACAAGUCGGUCGCAACACCUGGAAGAAAGUAGGGCCAAUUGGUCCGGAGGCCAAAUACAGGGACCUCGAUGUGGACCACGGCAGGAGGUACUGCUACCGCAUCAGAGUGGAGACUGAGAUGGGCACCAGUGAGCUGAUGGAAACAGAGGACAUUCAAGCUGGUACAAAAGCAUACCCUGGACCCCCAUCUGCACCAAAGGUUGUCACUGCCUUUAAGGACUGCAUCAACCUGACCUGGAGUCCUCCUUCUAACACUGGAGGAACCAAUAUUCUGGGGUACAACCUUGAGAAACGCAAGAAGGGCAGCAACCUGUGGGGCCAAGUCAACCCACCCGAAGAAAUGAUCAAAGGUAAAGGAUGUGCUGUAAAAGACGUGGUGGAAGGCAUGGAGUAUGAAUUCCGUGUGUCAGCAAUCAAUAACUCUGGAGCCGGUGAAUUCAGCACACCAUCUGAGUUUGUGUUUGCCAGAGACCCUAAAAAGCCUCCUGGUAAAGUCAUUGACUUUAAAGUGACAGAUUCUACCUACACAACCCUGUCUCUGUCUUGGACCAAACCCAAGGACAUUGAGGGGGUUGAAGAUGAAGCUAAGGGAUAUUAUGUGGAAAUCAGGCCUGCUGAGAACACAGAAUGGGAUCGCUGCAAUUCUAAUGCAAUAACCAUGAAUACCUAUACAGUGAAAGGCAUGAAGUCGAUGGGCAUGUACUGGGUGAGAGUCGUUGCUACUAAUGAUGGAGGAGAAGGAGAGCCACAGGAGCUGGAUAAUUACAUCCUCGCUAUGCCCCCUCCUGUGAGGCCACGAUUCACAGAUGCCAAAAUCAAGAGCUUCAUGGUGGUGAGAGCAGGAAAUUCUGCACGAUUCAAUAUUAACUUUGAGGCUUCCCCUUGGCCAGAGGUAACCUGGCUGAAAGAUGGAGUGCCAGUGUCUAAAAAAGUGACCAUCAGCAAUGCAGAGGGCACAUCUCAGCUUCUGAUUCCUUCUGCUGAGCGCACAGAUACUGGAAUCUACACUAUCAUUGUCAAAAAUAUUGUUGGUCAAGAAACAAUCAGUAUUGAAAUUAGAGUCACAGAUGAGCCUAAACCACCAGGUCCUGUGGAGGUUGAUGAAAACGUGCCUGGCACAGUGACCGUUUCAUGGACUGCAUCCCCUGAUGAGAAGCGUGAUGAUAGGCUGCACUACAUGGUGAUGAAGCGUGAUUCCAACAAAAGAACAUGGAACACAGUUGCAGACCGAAUCUUCAACAAUAAAUUCACAGCCUGCAACAUAAUGCCAGGGAGAGAAUACCAGUUCAGAGUCUACGCAAAGAAUGACAUGGGCUCCUCAAAACCCUCUGAGUCACCAAAAUGGCUGAUUUCUACCAAAAAAGAAAAGUUCAAAGUGACCAUGCCAGAAUCGAAGCCCUGUAAUCUACAGUCUCCUCCCAAAUUCCUCGUCCCUCUGAAAAUGCACAGCGCUCCUCAGGGCUAUGAAUGCUAUAUGAGCUGUGCUGUGAAAGGGGAUCCAACACCUUCUGUGACAUGGCUCCGCAACAAUAUCAGCCUGAAUACCAACACUAAUUACUUUAUCUCCAACACCUGUGGAGUCUGCUCUCUGCUCAUACUGAGAGUUGGACCUAAAGACACCGGCGAGUACAAGAUUGUUGCAGAAAACUCAAUGGGAAGGGCAGAGUGCUCUACUAAACUGACCGUCAGAGAAUAAGAUAAAAAACAUACCCAAGAUGAUGGAAUUGCUAUAAGACCCUAAACUAAACCAGAAUUUUGAUAAUUCACACUGUAUCUUUCAGUAUGACAACCCUGUCAAAUGGGGAUUGUGUUAUUAUUUAUUAAGGCUGGUGAAACCUUCUUUUUAGAUUGUUUUACAUUUGAUUCACAAAUUGUUCAAAAUUAAUGUCACAAUAAUUACUUAGGGAUACAAAUGUUGCUGAAACAAGUCACCAACAUGUAUUGUUUGAUUUUAAUUGUGUAACAUCAAUAAAUGGAAGCAUUAAAUACAAUAGUACAUACUGUAUUUAUAUCCAUAUUAUGUUAAACAGCAAAGAAAUGUGUCAUACUUUACACUAAUUGCAGUGAUUUGCUGAUUUUCAUUGUUGACCUAAAGCUGGAGCAAUAAUCUGCUUGUGUUUUUCAGUUCAUUAAUACAUCCAAGAUACUUCCACAUGUUUAGUAAUAGUUUGGUUGCAAUUGCUAUUUUUCAGUAACUGUAAAUGUGUAAUCUUCCCCUAAACAAAAGACUAAAAUGAGAAAACACACUGAAAUAAAAUUUAUAUGCUACAGAUUCUGGUGAUAGUAUGUCAUGCAUAUGAAAAUGUGUGUGGGUUUGGUAUGAAUAAAUAUUUCAUCCUGCA